AUGAGUCAGAAUUUCCCAUCUCCAGGAUCCCGAGGGGUUCCCAUCCUAGAAGAAGGAAGCAAUGCCCAUGGUUUGAGGGAUCCCUUGGACAGAAAAAGAAAGAAGGAGGAAGAGGUUUUGGCCUUAAAUAAACUGUAUGCAAAAAGGUCCAAAUGCAAAUUUACUUGUAAUGAAGUGGAGUACCUAGGGCAUGUCAUCGCUGGUGCUGGGGUUCACACUGAUCCUAAGAACACUGUUGCCAUGCAGCAGUGGUCUACCCCUACUGAUCUUAAGUCCUUAAGAGGGUUUUUGGGGCACACAGGUUAUUAUAGAAAAUUUGUUAAGGGAUAUGGACAGAUUGCUGCUCCCUUAACUGCAUUAUUGAAGAAGGCUGCAUUUGAGGAGGCUGAGCAAGCUUUCCAGCAAUUGAAGGCUGCCAUGGUUCAACCACCUAUGUUAGCUCUUCCAAAUUUUGAUAAGCCAUUUAGGCAAAGGGCUGGGAGUAGUUUUGAUGUAGCAAGACAAGCCUAUUGCCUUCCAUAG